UCACUUUUACAAUUUUCAAAUAUCCCGCCAGUUCCGUCCCCCGUACGUCCCGACGUCGCAGGGAAUGGAACCGGAAGACAGAUGCCGGCAUCGGCCGGAGGACAUUGCCAGGGACACUGCAGGAGGGACAUCGCGGGAGCGCAGGACAAGGUAAGUGAAGAACACAUGCCGGAGCAGCGCCGCAUGGUAUUCCCAGUGUAGCUCGGGGUUACCGCUUUUGGUACUGAAAUGUUACCCCGAGCUACACUCGGGAAUACCGCCAGGGAGGUUAAUG